AUGAUGUCGAAGCGGCUCCGCGCGCUCCGUAAGAAGAAAAAGCGGAUUGCAGACAUCGAGGAGGCGAAGGCUGCGGGGAAGAAGCUUCAGCCGGAACAGGAAGAGGUUCUGAAGCAAAAGCUGACGGUGACGCUGCUGAUCGAGGAGUACGAGAAGCUCUACACGCCGUUGCAGGCAGCCGUGCACGAGCAGGCAGUUGCUGCUGACGGAACAGCGGAGAAGGCCGAUGAGCAAACGGAUUCCACAGCAGGGGAGGCGGGCCAGUCAACGAAGGAAGUUUCAGGCCGCGGGGAAGGAGGAGCGGCGGAAUCUGCAGCGGAUAAGUCUGAUGACGUGGAUCGGGCCGUGAGAAGCGUUGUCGAGGUGCUUUACUUCGGCUCGCUCUUCGAUCUGCGGAUGGACUCCGCCGGGGCGUCGCCGCUGCUCAGCUGGCGCAACACGCAGGAGCGCACGUCGUGCCUUUCCUACGACCCUAUCACCGACGACAACGCUGCGGCUUUCUUAUGCGACGCGGAUCUUGAUGCCGUCGCGAAUGCGGCGCGGCUGUUGACGACGCGCGACGCGAGCGCGGCGAAUCACAAGGAGGCUGUGGAUCGGUGCGUGGCGCAUGCCGUGGCGUUGGCGUCGCGCUCUCAAACCGCCAUCGACCCGACCAUCCACCUUACGUAUGCGCAAUUGCGCGAUCGCCUGGACCGCAUAAUCGCCUCUGGCUUUUUCACCAAAUGGGCCGAGGUCGUUUCAUCCGAGGUCGUUGCCGCUGCGGCCAUGGCCGCCCAGGGUCACUUCCCCUCCGCCGACCCCGCUUCCUCCUACGCCGCAUCCCCAUCUGCUGCCGCCCCUGCUGCCGCCGCACCCCCCCCGCCCUCCGCGCCAGCUCCUGCGGAUUCUCUUGCGCCUUCUGCGCCUGCGCCCCUUGCGUCAGCCCCAGCCGCCGCGACUACCGCCGUGCCUUCCCCAGGGGGGCCGUUGCCCGUGAACGGAGUUGUGUUCGGAUCCGUGCGCCCGGACGCGCUUUCUGCCGUCUCCGCAGCCCCUGUGACCGUUCCGCUGGUGCAGGGCGCGCCAGUGCCCCCGGCUGCGCCUGUAGGCGCUGUUAUUCCGCCGGCGCUUGAGCCGUCGCCACAGGCACAGGUGGAACAGGCGCAGGCAGCAGCGCAGGCAGCAGGGGCAGCAGUGGUUGGGCAGCAGGGAGCGCCGGUGGUAGGCAAUCAGGGUGUGGUGGGGCCGGGGCAGGGCACGGUGGGUGCGGGACAUGCUUCUCAGGUGCCUCAGGUGCCUGCUCCUGCUGGUCAGCCUGGUGCAGUGGUGGGGCAGCAGGUGGCAAGGCCGGGUGUGGGGGGUCCAGAUCAGGCGAAGCAGGCGCAGGUGCAACAGGGGCAGGCCGCGACUCAGGCCGGUACGGCCCCAGCGGCACAUGCAGGGCACCAGCACCCACACGCGCAGCACACUCCAGUUGUCACUUCCUGCAGCGGCGGUGGCAGUGGGGGGAGGGGCGGAAUCAUGGGCGCAGGUCCGGGGUACAUGGGCGGACGGGGCUCGAGGGGGGGGUACCGUGGGGGAGGGGGCCGGGGGGGAAGGGGGGGAGGGGGCGGGCGCAUGAUUGGGGGAGGGUACGUGGUGUAUGACCCUGUGCUGGUGAACGCUGGCAUGAUGGGAGGCGUGGUGGGCGCACCUGGUACGGCACCUGGAAUGGCGCCUGGCAUGACACCUGGCAUGACACCUGGCAUGACACAUGGCAUGACACCUGGUAUGACACCUGGCAUGACACCUGGCCUGAAUGCUGGAGUAGCACCCCAGGGUGCGGCGAUGGGAUCAAUGUAUGGCGGGGGAGGUGCAGGUGGGGGAGGGCGAAGGGGUGGGGGACGCAGCAGGGGAGGGCGGAGGGGCGGGAGAGGGGGGUAUGAUGGCGCAGGGGGGGGAGGAGGGGGAGGGGGGUCAGUGGUGGGGCCGAGCAGUGGGCCAGUGACAGGGGGAGGCAUGGCAGCAGGUGCUCCACCUGUGGCCGGACACUAG